AGUGUAGUACUGCACUAAAAUGUUAAUGUGAUUUGGCAAAGUAAGAUGUCAAAGACGAUAAAUGUUUAUGUAAUUAUCACGUUAAAUCCGUACAACGCCAACUAUAUUGUUUUUGGAAGUCCCUCGUUGUUGCUUGAUAUUUGGAUCAGAUACGUAGUUGAUUGAGAUUGAUCAAUUUAAAUUGAUAGUCUAUAGGGCAGCUUGUCAAGUUCGUUCAAAAUGCGCCGUUCGCGCUCGGUCGAUGUCACGUUCAUUUCAUUCAGAAAAUGGUGGAUCGAAACGCGCCGCCCGCUUACUAACGCAUUGCUGCGUUUGUGAAAAUUAUAUUUUUGAACAGAUUCUGAUCAUUGCGAUACGUUUUCGCCGCCAAUGUCAAAAUUGAUCAAAAUAAACAUUGGAUUAUUUACAUUUGGAUGACAUAAUAUUACAUCAUAAUGGAGAAGUAUACUAUGGUGAAGACCGAAGUCCAACCAAAUGGAGAAAUAUUACUAUUUUAUGUUGAUGAGAAUGCCACAACAGAAGAUGGGUCUGUUGUUACAACAAUUGACCAGAGCCAACUACAGCAGUUGCAAGAAAACUACAUCCUCGAGGAAGUACCAACGGAAGACCAUAUUGAAAACAUUGAGACUACUGAGGUUGAGAUACCUGAUGACCCAGGCGUGACUAAAGACAGGUGGCUCCAUGAGGAAACCAAAAGAUUACUCAUCUUCUAUAUCGAUAACAGAGAGUCUUUCCAAAAUAGUGCGGCCACCAAGAAACAUCUAUGGAGUGUCGCGUGCAAAACUAUUUUGAAUGGCAAAAACGUGACUUCUUGCGAAAUGAAGUUACGCCACAUGAAGAAAAAGUACAGUCAUCUACGUCUUGACGCUACGAGGAACAAAGUGGACCCAAAAACAUGGCCGUAUUACGAACUAUGUCAUCAGGCGUUCCAUGACGACACUUAUGUCAAAAUGAUGUUAACUGAAAACAGUGUAGGUGAUGAGAGACAAGCGACAAACAUCCCAGCAUCAAAACUGGAUGAUGGCACCGUAGUCAUAAAGAAAAUGAACAAAGUGCCAGAUGAAAAAGUAAAGCAUAUGCUAGAAUUGUACUUGCAACACAAAAAAGAGUCCAGUAAAGACUAUUUGUGGCAGAAACACGUUUGGGAUAAGAUUGCUCUAGAACUAGGUGAAGAUGGAGACUAUUGGCACAAACGCUACCUGAAUUACAAACAACAUUACAUUCGUAUGUUGGAAAAGCAACAAGAGUCUGGCUUCCAAAACAUAACUUGGCCAUACAUGAAGCUGUUUGAGCAAAUAUACGCUGGUGACGAAGAAUUUACCCAAAAAUAUGGGCAAUCUGUAGAAGCCAAUGUCGAUACUGAUCCCAAUGACAUGAAUUUUGUUGAGUUCGAGUGGGAUGAGACAGAAAAGACCGUUCUCAUCAAAUACUACUUUGAUUGCUUUGAUGAAUUUCAAGAUCGGACCAUACCAAACUCAUUCUUAUGGAAUGAAAUUGGCAGAUUGCUAGAUAAGACACCAGAAAGCUGCAAAGAAAAGUACGAGGAAUUGAAAACCAGUCAUAUAAAUCUUUACUUAGAGGGAGGCUACAAUCUACGUUCAAGAAAGCCUAUUGCGAUACUGUUUGACAAUAUCAUAUCGAAGGAAGUUCAGAUCAAAUUGCAACCAAGUGCACCUAACCCAAAUUUGAAUUGGCCAACUGAGAAAACAGAUGAAUUUGUGCAGUUUUUAUUUGACAAUAUUGAGAUGUUCAAAGAUCCAAUAUGUUACUAUGUAUGUUGGGCUGUGGCAGCUUUGAAGUUGGAAGAAAAUGUUCAAAAUUGCAAAGACCAAUGGAGUGAUUUGACUACUCUCUACAAAUCUAUACUAAACGAUAAGAAAGAAGAUCCAGAUUUGCAGAUAUAUUGGAGAUACAUAGAUAUUUUUGAUAGGAUAUUUGACUAUGGCAUGGACACAAAUUUCCUAGAAGGUUAUGACCAACCAGCACAAGAAGAUAAGAAGAAUGCUCCCAAUAAAAAAGUGACUGUGAAGAAAGAAGAAGAUAUAUCGGAUGAUGACGACUUUGAGGAGAAAACUUCUGGAAAACGUUCAAGGGGAACUAGCGACCCUGUCCUAACUAAAAUACUAGAAUAUUACCUCAAAAAUAAAGAUAAAUUCGCAACCACACCGCGAAAGAAGCAAGCUCUUUGGGAGGUUUUAGCUAAGCAAGUGGGCAUAUCAGCUGAGCAAUGUGCGCACAGGUUCAGAAACCUAAAACAAGUAUAUACAAUGCAUAUUCAGAGGGAAAUCAACAAGCCAGAACGCCCAAUCCUUUGGCCUUACUAUGCUCUGUGCAAAAAAGUCUUCGGCUACCGAGCAAUUAAGAACAAACUGAAAAAUGGCAAAGUUGGGUCUGAUGAUGGAGAAGAAUGGUCGACGAAAGAAAUAAAAACACUUAUAAACCACAUCGCUAACCACUUGGAUAUCGAUUCAGAUCCAACUGACAAUACAAAAUGGAGUUCGCUGGCACAAGAUAUUGGUAAGACAGAAACGUCUUGCCGUGAGAAGUUCUUGGAGUUAAGAAAGUCGUAUAGGAAAAUCAAGACUAUGAUAAGCAAGAAUCCAGACUGUAAAGUGAAUUGGAAGUAUUUUAAGAUGUUUGACGAGAUUUAUAGCAAGGAGCGAAUUGGGAUGGAGGUUGGGUCGUCAGAUGAAAACAUGUUAGUGCCCAUGGAGUUACCCACAAGUGAAAACAAGGUUGAUAUACAGGAUGACGAUUUCCAAUGCAUCAUUGUGAUACAAGAAGGAGAGGACAUAUCUGAUCUUAGCAACGCACAGAUAAUCAUCAAAGAUGCCCAUUCAGAGACGAAGCCCGAGGAAAAUACGAGUAGGAAUGUUGUAAAGUGGACGGCAGAAGACAAAAUGGAACUCUUGAAAUUCUACUACAAUUAUGUGAAGAAAAACGACCAGAACUUUAUAAACAUAAAAGAUAUGUGGAAUGAAAUCGCGUCCCACUUCCCGAAUCGACCGAAGUUUGCUUGUAGGCGAAUGUACAUUACACUUAAAAGUAGAUAUAAAAAACUUAAAGAAACAGGGCAAGAAGAUAAAAUCAUGAAAUCGAAACAUUACAGGUUGCUUAAGGAUAUUAUGUCUUUAAAACUUAAGUUUUACCGACCACCGCCAAAUCCUGAAGAGGUAAGUUUAAAAGAAAUGACGACUUAUACAGAUGUACCCAUGCCGCCGUGGAAAAUCGAGAAUGCUUUAAAAUACUACCUCAAUCACGUUGAGGAGUUCGUCAAUCCGAAAUACGACAAAAAGUACGCGUGGAUUGAAUUGUCCAAAUCCGUGUCAGUUCCACUCGUAAAAAUAUUCAAAAAGAUCAAUUAUUUAAAGCAGUUUUAUAACAGUGAAACAAACGAAGUUAACGGUGAAAAAAUUGAAUUUGGGGAUAUUUUGAGAGAGAUUUUGGAGAAGGAAUUUAUUUGUAAAAUCGCCAUGGGCACUGUACCCGAACCUAUGAAUACUGAUUCUGAAGAACAGGAAAUAACAUGGUCUGAUGAUGAAGUAGAGAGUCUGUUAUUAUGGUACUUGGAAAAUUUGGACAAGUUUAAAAACCCGAAAUACGCGCCGAGUUAUCUCUGGUUAGAGGCUUCGAAUGUCCUACACAAAACUCCAUUGGCCUGUUCUAAAAAAAUGAUGGAUAUUCGUAGCCAAUACAGUGCCAUGGUCAAAGACAAUCUAGAGGGCUUAAACAACUGGAGAUUUUACGUGUUAUGCCAGAAAAUUUAUGGAACCGGGAAGAAGAAUAGUGAAAACAGCGAAUGAUUCAGGUUGCUGGCAUUUCAACAUUAAACGUAAAGUAACAUUUCCAAUACAAGAAGAUACUUUUGUUAUAAUGUGAAUAGGCUCGCCCCUUUUAAAAAAAAACAAUACAUAGGACUUAAAUGUAAUGAAAACAGCGAAUUAUUUAGGCUACUAAUAAGACAAUUUCCAAAAAUUUUUCAAUACAAUAAUAAUUAAUUAUCAUAGAAAAGUUUGAUAUCACGUGGUUUCCAAGAUAACGUGAAACUUAAAACUUAGCUGUCGAGGAGUGGGUAUAUUACCAUACACCUCUGCCCACCCCUUUGGGGAUACGGGCGUGAUGUUAUGUUAUAUUUGAUACCAUAUUAUAAUGAACUUUUUAGUACCAUUUAAAUGUCGUUCAAAUACUGGUGCUUGUGUUAUUUAAGCAAUAUAAUUACAAUGCAGGCUGUUAUUUUAAUGCUAAGAACUUUCAAGCUUGAUUUACAUUUAAUUACAGGUGUCGUGUAAUCCGACAGAGGGAUGGUGUCCUUUCUCACAUGAUAGACAAUUGUUAUGGGCGAUAGGCAGGUCCCUUGUAACCAUAAGGCCUCAAACUGGAUGACAGCGGCGCGGGGAGCGCCGCGGCGGCCGCUGUUCCGUUCUCGAUGCCAGCGGCCAAAUCGCGCGGUGUUGCGGCGGUAUAGAAUUGUG